AUUUUUGACAUUUAUUACUGCAUUGAAAAGAUUUGAGCAUGAAUAUUGGAGACAGAAGAAGAAUAAUUGGACCAGUCAAUGCAAGGGCUCUAUACUUUGAAAACUCAAAACCAAAAGAAUCAAUACAUCAUACUAGAAAGAAAAAUAAUGAAAUCAGACCUUUUUUCAUACAAACUGGUCUUUUAACCAAUCCAAAUGGAUCGGCUUAUUUGGAAAUAGAUAAUACAUUAAUAUUAGUAUCUAUCUUUGGACCAAGACCCAUAAAAGGUCCAUUUAUGAACAAGGCUUGUUUCCAGGUUGAAACAAAAUUUUUACCAUAUGUUAAUCAGCCAAAUUAUUUGAGCAAGGCUUACUUAUUCAAUACUAAUAAUAAUGCGACUGAAGAGGAUGUAAAUAUUAGAAGAAAUUUGGAUAUUACUGGCGGCAGUUAUAGCUCUUACUCAAAUAUUGAGCAAAAAAUCUCAAGUUAUAUUCACUCAGCUUUUUUGCCUUCGAUAAUUUUAGAAAAAUAUCCUAAAUCCACAAUUGAUGUUUUUAUUAUAGUUUUGUCAGCUAAUGUUGAGGAUAAUGUAUUAUCAUUGAUAUCGGGAAUAUCUAACUGCUGUUCUUUAGCUUUAGUUGAUUCGGGAAUUGAAUUAAACGAUAUUAUAUCAACUGGUAUUUCAAGAAUAUUGAAAGAUAAUACGGUAAUAUUAGAUCCAACUACAAUUCAUAACAAAGAUAUUACUGAUGAUGGCAAAUAUGUGGAUGCUGUGAUUAGUUUUAUGAAUUGCAAAAAUGAUCAAAUUGUUGGAUUUUUGACGGAUGGGAACUUGAAUAUAGACAAUUCAUUGAUAGAAGCUUUAAUCAACAAUUCAAACAGAAUGGCCAAACAAAUUAGGGCAAACAUUGAUGUAUAUUUGAUCGAUCAAAUAAGUUCCAACUAAAUCUAGAAGUACUUUAAUCAGAUAACUAUCGAUAUACUAAAUAUACAUUUUUUUUUCAAAAACUCGCUGGUUCUUUCGUUUUGUGGCACUUUUUCCUCCACGGAAAAACUAUAUGUAUGUUCAUUUCUAUAUAUGUAUUAUACGCGUCUCUAGGCAUACAUAUACCUGUUUUAUAUUGAUUUUUUCCGAAUGGUUCAGAUUUUU